AUGGCAGGCUUCUCUUCCGCAGCGGUGACAUCUAGUUGUGAUGACAUCACUCACCGAAUCGUCUCCACGUCAGCCGAGCUCGACAGUCUGUUGAAGGCCAUCGACCCCGGGAGCACCGCAGCGCAGCACUUGAUUUCGGUUUCAGCAAAGCUCGACCAGUUUAGAGAUACCACGGAGCAGCUUCGAAGGUCCCUCAACGAUUCGUCAGCCAUUUCGCCAGGCCUGCGAAAUGCUUUGGCCAUCGCCAUCCAGCCUUGCGCAGAUGCUGCGGCAGUCGUAGACAAGCAGAUACGCAGGCUCGACCCUGGAAAUGUGACGGGCCUCAAUUCUGAUGUGAUACUGCAAUACGAGGCCUACCAUUUGACGAAUACUCGCUUAUUCACACAGUUCGUCUCCGUAGCUCACAUGCCCACGAUCGCCCAACAAGACGCACGACUCUCCUCUUCUGAUGGGCAUGGAAUGUUGGAAUCGGCAGUAGAAGCGUCUCAAAUCGUUCUAACACGCAGCGACAUACUGCAACCCUCCGAUGAAGCUGGACAAUCGGCCCCAGAUAUUGCUGCUUUUGCCGGUGAACUUGGAGACGCCCAAACAGACGAGCCACCGCCGGAUUAUACCUCGGGUACAGCCAACAAGGGGAAAAGCAAGGCGUCAGGCCAAUUCUUCACCUCAAUCUCAAGCUCUUUCAAAGCGAUGACUGCUGGUUUACGAGCCAAGCCAGAGCCCAUGGUCAUCGCCAUGUGCCAGGCGGCCAAGAGCGGCGACGUGGGGCACCUCAAAGGCUUUGUCUCGCAAGGGGUCAACACCAACGGCCAGAACGAUGAGGGGUACACGCCGCUCAUCUGUGCCAUCAGAGCUAAUCAAAUGGAAGCCGUCAAAUUCCUCGUCAAGUCCGGAGCUGAUCGGUCGACUAAGGACUCUCACAGCGGCAAGAAGAAGCCGCCCCUAUUCCACGCCGCCGAAUGUGGCUUUGUGGCAGUCGCAGAGUUUCUUAUUAAUCAUGGCUUCGAGAUGAAAGAGCGAUCGUGGUCUGGGCAGCCGUACUUCAUCGAGGUAGCAAACAGCGACCAGCUCGAUAUCAUCAAGCUUUUCUUGCGACGAGGCUGCGAUGCCAACACAGCUGCUAUCAGUGGCCGUACCAUUUUCAUCCACGCCAUACUGAGCGGCAGUCUUCCGCAUAUCAAGACCCUGCAGGAAUAUGGUGCCGACGUUAAUGCUCGUGAUAUCAGCGGACAGCCUGCGCUGCAUAUGGCUCUGGGCCAGAACCGUCUGGACAUCGUCACGUUUCUGCUGGAACACGGUGCGGACCCAAAUGCCAUGGACCUUACUGGCAGUACGAUGAUCAUUUCUGCCCUACACAAGAAGAAGUACGAGCUUGUCAAGACGCUGCUAACCCGAGGCGCCGACCCCAAUGCCACGGGAUUAAUGGGCAAGGGCAUACUGUGGACUUUGUUGCAAAACAAAGAUAUGGAAGAGGGGAUCAAAGUCGAACUCAUCAAAUCGCUCCUGGCACGAGGGGCCAACCCGAACCAAGUCGAUAACUGGGGGGAAUCCAUCAUGAGCUUGGUCAUCACCUUGGGAAACACCGACCUUCUGCGCAUGUUCCUUGCUCACGGCGGCAAUCCAAACAAGAAGAUCAAAGACACGACGUUCUUGCUCUAUGCUAUCGACCAAAACAGACAGGAAGAUGCCAAGGUGCUCCUCCUACACGGAGCCGACCCGAAUGAAGCAGACAGCAAGGGCAGAACUCCCUUGGUCGAAGCACUUCAGGCGGAUAAUUAUGCUUUGGUGAAGGCGGUUCUCGCCCACGGCGCAGAUGUCAACAAGAUGGGGCAGAUCAAACCGUUGGCGUUGGCGCGGCUGCUGCAGAACCAAGAAACUAUCAAGUCGCUGUCGGACCGAGGCGCCCAGGCCCCAGAGCGUCCGGCGGCAAUGAGAACGCCGUCAACGCCUGUCAGUCCGAGGCGGCCAAAUGCGUCAUCUACGCAGAGUCGACCGGGUGAGAGUGCGGCGGAUAUGCCACCGCCUUAUGUGGAGGUAGGUGGUGUGGAGGAAGCAGGGGCAGCGAGCCCACCGAGCAGCGCAAGGAGGCUGGUAUAG